AUGUCAACAAAUUUUAAGACUACAACAGAGGAGAAAAUUGAAGUUUUACAGCCCUCUCCAGUAAAUCUUAUUAACAGAUGGGUCUUGAGAUCCGCUCUGAACUUCGUAAGUGAUGGAGAAGUAGUCAGAGAAGGAGGUAACGCGAUUAAAAUAAGCAGUGACCUCUAUAUCAGUUCACUUCCUAUGUCCCAUUAUAUCAGAUGCAAGACAUUUUGCAACCGGAUUGUGGGAGCCGGGAGUCGGUCGGAGAUUUGGCCCGGGUCGGAUUCUUUUCAUCUGACUCCGGAAAAUGCCACUGACGACGAAAGGAACAGUGGCCUGAAGGAGCCAGUCAAGCAACACUCGAUCUUAUCUCAACGUUCAACAUCAUGUAACUUCUUAAAUGACUUGAAGUGUAAUGAUAAUAACUUAGAAAGCGUAAGAGCGAGAGAUAUGAACACGAGUUAG